UCAGUUAUACGUAGAAUGUUCAGUUCUACAAUAUAUCAGUUGCAGCGUGUAUCACACUGCCAACUUCCUAACCAAAAUGUCUAACUGGGCAUUCUCGCCUUCGCUUCGUAAAAAGAUCAUGUUUCUUAUGAUUCUGUCCUUAAUUGUAGUGAUUUUUCAACUCUUCCAUUUUCAAAACAGUUUAACUGUGCAAUGGCAAAGAAGAGAGGGUCGAGCAGUUAAUUAUGUUUCAGAAAUCCUCGCAAGAUAUUUCUCUGAAGAUUCUGGAUCGUUGGAAAAAAGAAAAGACAUGAGAAAGAUGGAUUCUUUUGGAAUGAGAAUUCAAGAAAUAGAACUUGUAGGUAACUAUAGAUUUGGUGAUAAAGAUGAUGGGAGAGUCGAUUUAAAUAAUAAAAACGACGUACUUAGAUUUCAUGAUAACACCAAGCUUGAAAAGGYCCAAAAUGAUUUCAACGAAUCCUCAAGUAUGGAACAACAGUCGAAAGUUGAGGAAAAAGUUGAGGUAAAAACUGAAAAAUUUUAUGCAAGUAAAAAUAACACCAAGCUUGAAAAGGWCCAAAAUGAUUUCAACGAAUCCUCAAGUAUGGAACAACAGUCGAAAGUUGAGGAAAAAGUUGAGGUAAAAACUGAAAAAUUUUAUGCAAGUAAAAAUAACACCAAGCUUGAAAAGGCCCAAAAGGAUUUCAACGAAUCCUCAAGUAUGGAGCAACAGUCGAAAGUUGUGAAAAAAGAGAGACCAACAAAAUUGACUACAAAAUUGAACACCCAGGAAAAGAAAACUUCAUAUUUUGGAUUUCUAAAUUUGCACAUCUGGGAUAGUGUUUGUGGAGAUAAAGUUCGGAACUUGAAGGAGUUUAUACUCUUUCCAAGUGCGCCAAGGUUUAGACUUAUGAUCAACAAGUUUGAAGCCAAAGGAACAAAUAUGAACGAUUUGGGAGUGCGAAUGUUUGGCUUCCUUCAUCCAAAUGAAUCUGGCACUUACAAGUUUGGAAUUGCGUCUGCAGGAAACUCAGAAUUAUGGAUAAGUACUGAUGCAAAACCGAGGAAUAAUAAGUUUAUGGCAUUUGUGGGUCCUGAGAAAGAAAGGAAUACAAAUUACUCAGGGAACUUUAAGAAAUUUCCAAGUCAAAUUUCCAAGUCAGUAACUCUCCAAAAAGAUGGGAAAUAUUUUAUAGAAGUCAUUUAUAAGCAUGGCACGGGUUCGUAUGGUGUCGAAGUUGCCUGGAUGAAGCCAGGAACUUCAGAUUUUCAGAUUAUUUCUGGAAGUUACUUGUCCUUAGCUGUGAACGACAGCCAUAUUCCUAACAACACUGUAACGGUGAAAGACUAUACUGAAAGGAAAAGAAAAGUCAAUAUACAAGGAAUCAACCAAAUGCUUUUUAUGGAUUUCAUAGACUUUGAAGAUGCGUUCCCUGAAUGCGAAUAUGAACCAAGUUAUUACAUAAAAGAGAAAUUGGUGAGAUUUCAGGGAGCUCGAAACAAAAGUAAUACUCACUUUACUGAGGUGUACCCGCCUGACAAGACCAACGAAACUCUUCCAAUGGUGAUGAACGAUGACAUAUGGUGGAUUGAAAAUAACUAUGGUAAUGACGUCAUCGAUAAUGAGACCGCGAUGCAUAUCGGGAAAAUGUUUACCAAAACUUUGGAGGACAAGUAUAAUGGAACUUUUAAAGUGGUUAAAUUGAUGACAAUGGAGAGAGUGGUCGACAAAGUCAAAGGAAAUCGAUACCACAUUCAAAUAGAAAUCGAAGAUUUGUACAGCAAAAGACAUUUCGAGUUCUCCGAGUUUCUGUACCAGCCAAGAGACGCGGGCUACCUGUGCUUUCCUCGUGGUUUUCGUUGGAGCAAACAUGCAACUGUGAAUGUGAUUGUGCCUCUGAAAAACAGUGGUCGGUGGGCUUUGUACUUCAUCAAGAAUAUUGCAGAUAUCAUAUACAAAACACGUGACCCUCAUAUCCACGUGGUCAUCAUUGAUUACAAAAGCACCGACAUCGACGUCGAAGCUAUUCUAAAGAAAAGUUCUCUCAGUCGGUAUACAGUCGUGACGUUGCCUGGCAACAAGAAAUUCAACAGAGCAGAAGCUUUGCAGAAGGGGGCUGAUGCUGUCAAGGAUCCUCACAGCAUUCUGUUCUUUUGUGAUUUGAAUCUUAAAAUUCCCGCAAAACUGAUCGAAACCGUCCGCAAGCAUUGCGUWGAAGGCAAGAUGGCAUUCGCUCCAGUAGUAAAGCGUCUCAAAUGCGGAUUUUAUCCUGAACUACCAUUUGGUUACUGGGAAACGCUUGGAUUUGGUCUCUUUGCGUUAUUCAAGUCAGAUUUUGACCGAGUCGGAGGAAUGAAUGUCAAAGAAUUUCAAAACUGGGGCGGGGAGGACUGGGAACUACUUGAUCGUGUUUUAGAAUCCAGGAUCGAGGUAGAAAGACUGAAAAUCCCUUCUUUUUAUCAUUUUUAUCAUCCUGGGAAUAGUCGGAUUGGUGUCUGAAUCCUAUUGCACCUAAUUUGAUAUUCGAAAGUGCCAGUAGACGUGAAUACAUUGCGCAUGCGCGGGCAUUUACUGCCGGCGCACGUCAAAUCGAUAGACUCGGGGCUAAUCCGAAAACCAGGACCUACAGUCCAAAUAAAACAUUUUGAAAAUUCACUAAUCUCACGACAUCAGUACAGAACUUUAUUUCUGCGACCUCGACGAUUUUUAAACCUAGAUUGCGAGUUGCUUUGCGGUAUGCGGGCUCCUACUCUAACAAAAGGUAAAAAACAACCGCAGACCACCAAGCAACGCAGGCCACCAUUUCGGAUUUGCUCCAAUUGUGUCACUAUUGAUGCAGUGUCUUCUCAAGCACAACCAUAAAAGAAAUGAUACUCAAGGGCUUGGCACUUGGUAUGAAAUGGGAAAACGUUACACCCAAGGUAAGAAAGGUCUCUUCAAGUCAAACCACACAAUGUCCUUUCACAACGUCUUUAUUCUAACGAGGUUCAAAUAUUAACCAAAUAAUUUCAGAUAUUUAAGCGUGACUCCUGUGAUUAGCUCAAGUUUAUUUGAAUUUACAUUAAAAAAAUUGCUAGAGUAA